CCUGGCCACGGCGCCUCCAGACUCCUUAGACAGCCUGGUGAACGGUGUGAAAACGCGCUACAGACCCUGGCCCUCCCGUGGGAGAGACGUCAGCACCGGGCAGCCCUGGGUAGUGCAGGGAGAGGAGCCAGCUCAGGGGUAUGAGCUGGGGUCUCCGGCAUGCUUGCCUGCUGGCUCCCAGGUGGCCAAGUCUUCCCAGGGCCGUGCAGGCUGUCGUGGAGGCGAAGGAGCCUUGACCGAGUGGGCCUGACCCUUCUGCUCCCUGUGCUGCCUGGUCCCUUUGCUCUGUGGAAGAGCCGCCUCUCCUGUUGGAGUUGCCCGGCCUCAGGCAGCCCCUUAGGUGCUGAGGCUCGCCCUUCCUGAGGUUGCCCUGGCUGGAGAACUGCCCUGGGCGGGGCCAGCCUCACCCUGACAUGGCUCUCUCCAAGUGGCUCUGAGAAGCACCCUGGGGCCCCAUGCUGGGGCGCAGAUGCCCAGGCCUUGGACCGGGGAGAGGGCAGCCCAUCAGUUUGGCUGCUCCGGCUCUCAUAACCUUCAGCUUAGUCUCCAUCCCAGGCUCCGUACCAUGUGCUGUGUGGUCAGAGAUGUGUGGUCAGAGAUUCGCAGACAGAGCUGGGGAUGUGGCUCAGUGGUUAAGUGUCCCUGAGAUCAAUCCCUAGUACCUCCCCCCCCAAAAGUGCCCAGAGCCUGGGUCCCUGCCUCCAGCUUCCCCAGUAGUGAAGCAGAUGUGUGUACAUGCCACAUGAGGAUCCUUGUCACAAGGGGAAGUGUAUGUGGCCCAGCCGGGGGUAGCGGUUCCAAAGCUGGUGUCCCAGUGGUGGCAGAGUGAGCAGUGCCUUUGAGCAGGCUGUGAACUGUGCCUCAGUUUUGUUGUUCUGGUGUUUGGAGCUGGGGAGCAAUCACAGGAUCUGAGCUCCUUUCCAGCCCGUAUUCAGUGCUGACAGGCAGACUGGGUGGAGGAGGCCACAUGCAGAAGAUGACCUGUGCGGUGACAGUGUGAAGUAGUAUGUCACGCGGGCCAAAGUGGAGUGGGCAGGAGCAGGUAGCGCAAGACCAGGGGGUGGGGGUGGGGUCCAGGCCAAAUUGCGCGGGCAUGACGUGGCCAGGCAAGGAAGCCUGGGUCUGUGGGGCUGUGGGGAAGGGGCAUCCUGCGGAGAAAGGGCUGGAGGGCAGGGACAAGUGGACGAGAGCCGGCUCACUGGAGCAGAGGCCUCCGCACACCAUCGGCUGUGGCCGAAUUGGGGCUGUGGGAAUGGGGAUGAGGUGGGCCCCAGAAGGCCUUGGGGGCUGCUUCCAUAGGGGGAGCGAGGCAAACGAGGGGCUUGAAGCUGACAGAGUGCGUGGGAGUCCAGGUCCCUGGGCAGCCUGCUGGGGACGCAGAAUGCCAGUUCUGUGGAAGAGGCCUUGUCUCUAGGACGAAAGGGAGGUGAUCACUAGGAAGUUACCGGGCGGGCUCGGGGCCUGGGGGUGCUGGGAAACCCUAGCUUGUCUGCCUCGGGGGGAUGCUUGGGGCCAGCAGCCAGAGUUGGAGACGCGGGGCACCCCGCUGUGGGCCUCGGGUGCCUCAGCGGUCAAGGAGAGCUGACCAGCUGGCAGGCCUGUUGUCUCAGAAGCAACUGGGUUCCCAAAGCUCCCGUCCCAGGCCCGGCCCUCUGGUUUGGGCACCAGCACUGCGGCACAUGGGGGAUUGGGCGUGACACCUGGUGGGUGCAGGAGCCAGCCAGGCUCCCACCAUGGCCACGGCACCAGGCCCUCUGGGAUUGGGGCGUCAGGAACCAGAGAACCUUGCUGUGGUGGCCACUGCUCUGCCUCCAGCCUGCAGAGGCUCUCGGGGUCUGGUGUCCUCUCAUGACCCAUCUGUCCCUUCCACAGAUUCUCACUGAGCACUACCAGGCAGCAGGAGCUAGGAUUCCAGUGAACCAGUCCCUGCCCUCCUGCAGCUAGACUCCAGGGAUCAGGCCCAAGCUCUGUCCCCUCUCUUGGAAACCCUGGAUCCAGGGCCAGGGUCUGUGAGUCCCUGAAUCGGACUGUUUAAGCCGCAGGAAGCAAUGUGGGCAGGAACCCCAGGGUACAAGGCAAGGAGCUGCGUGCUCCCCCACCCCAAGGCCUCCAGACCCUUAGGGCCGAGUGAUGCACUCCGGCUUCUUUAGCCAACGGGACUUUCCUGGGCUGAGAUGUCUGCAGGGAGGUGGGGAUAGUGGGGGACAGGUGGUGGGUGAGGCCUGUCCAGUGGCUUCAGUAACCUGGUGGAGGGGCGCUGCCUGCUGGACCUGAGCACUCUAGUUAUGUUACUUCACAGAAGAGGAAACCAAGGCACAGAGAUGAAGUGACUUGACAGGGUUGAAUGAGACCUGACCCCAAGGUCUGUCCCCUAACCUUGGGCAUGUACGCUAGAUUUGGUUUGGGACCUGUUGGCCUAGUGUCAGUGAAACCAAACGUGCCUCAGUGUGGAAGUUUCUGGCCUUGCCUCAGCAAGUGCUGACACUGAGCCCCGGAACUACUGUCCUUUGUGAGGUGGCCCUGGAGCUGGCAACGGAUUCCAUUCUGGGGGAGGGGCGGGCAAAAGCCUGAUCAGGGCCUGUGGAGGAGAUGGUUCUCGCCAUGCUGGGGGCUCUGUACCCCAGGGCUGGGCUCAGUCUCUUCCUCUUCUACCUCAUCCUGGCGGCGGCGCUCCUUCGCCCCCAGCCCCUGAGGUCUCAGCGCUCUGUUCCUGAGGAAUUUUCAGCCCCGCUGGAACUUGCGCAGCCACUUUCCGGACUGGUGGAUGACUAUGGGGUCCGACCCAAGCACCCGUGGCCACGAGGGCCUCGACCCCUCCUCUCCCAGGCCCAGCAGCGCAAGCGGGACGGGCCGGACAUGGCUGAGUAUUACUAUGAUGCACACCUGUGACGGGAAGCCCGCAUAAAGCUAUUCUGUGCAGCUGAGGCUCUGCUUCCUGCAAUGUGACAGAUGGAUGGGGGUCCGCGUAGAUACACCCACUGUGGUCCAGACAGGAAAUGGCACUUUAAUUGUUGUGGCCAGGGUGACAAGACCAUGACAAGCUGGCCUGGGCAUUGGGAGGUCUGUCCCUGCUGGGCAGGGCCUGCUGGAGGCUGCUGCUUCCCUGGGAGCUCCCAAGCCUGCCAGGGACCGGCGUACUAGUGAGGUUGGAGGUGGAAGCCACCCAGAGGCCCCACGGCAGCUGCGAACAGGGACUUCACCUCCACCUGCUGCCAUUUCCUUCCUAGAGAGUCCUUAGGAGGUGGCCGGGCUCGGCCAGAGCUAAGGGUGCUUGAUGGGGGUUGGGGUCGGGGGAAGGUGGGCAUUUGCAGGUGGCACGGGCUUCAUGAAGCCAAGAGCCAGAGCCAGAGCCCCUGGCAGAGCAAGUAAGCCCAGGCCGGGCAGAGCCCCUGCUCCCAGAGGUACAUCCUUCACAGCCAGAGCCCGACGGCCCAGCCCUGCCCCUCCCAAUCCCCGGGCAGCCCGCUCUGUCCUCCAUAGAUGAAUCUAGUCCCAUAUGUUACAAUAAACUGCGUCUGCUUCUCCCUGUCACCCCUGCCCUCCCCACCCUGGGCCAAGAGCCCCACUUCCCCAUCUGGUGGUGGUCCUCCUCCAGAGCAGAGCCACGUCCCGUCAGCAGCCAGCUGUCCCGGCCAGAGGGCCCAGGGGGUGCGGAGGGCAGGGCGGCGCUGCUACUCCAGGUAGAUGUCCUCCGUGGGGCAGGUGUACUCCACAAACUGCUUGUAGAACUGCUGGAAGGCUCGCCUAGGAGUGGGGCCCGUGAUGACCAGCGGUUCACCCUGGAGGAACCAGCCCUCCACCCGGGGUCCAGCUGGGAGCGCGGGGCCUGGCAGGCUGCUCCUGCCGACUGGUGAGUACCGGCCUUGAAGGAAGGGCCGAGCGAGCGGCGACAGGCUUGGAAGCCAACCCGGGCUGGGCCAGCCCUCCCUGCAGGCCACCGCGCUGGGGUCUAGAGACGGUCUCCAAAGCUGCAGCGCACACUGAGGAGCAGCGCCCAUGGCGGAGAAGACCCCAGGCCUGCAACCCACGCUGCUCCUCGGGGGGAACGGGCAGGACACACACAUACCCCACGGAUUCUGCCAGGGCUUUGGUGGAGUCUUCAGACACAAAGACGUGGCAGGCAAACCGGUGGUCGGCAGGGUGUUUGGUGAUGAACCCAAAGUACCUGCGGAAGAGAGGGGUCCAAGGGAGUUCAGGAGCUCGAGGCCCAGCCCAGACACCGAGCGCUCCCCCGCCCCCACUCACUUGUUGUUCUUUGGAUGGUAUCCACAGAAGGAGAUGUUCUUUAGCUGGAAAAAGUGGCUACAUUUAUUCCCCUGCAGGAGGGAGAGAGAAGCAGGAGGUUGGCCACCAGCUCGCAGGGCAGAAGCACACCUGUCACGGCAAACUUAGUGGGAGGGCUGGGGGCUUGAGGAAGGAGGGGCCAGGUCAGAAGAAGUCACCUUGGCCUCCUGGGAGUCAUCGGCCUUGACACCUAUCUUCACACCCCUAACGCUGAUCUCAAGGACGCAGCUGGAGGGCGGGUUAAAGUGCACGGUGAGCCGGCGGGUGGUGGCAAUCUGGGUGAGAGACAGGGACACUCAGGUGCUGUCUGUCCCCGACCAGUCUCUCCUGUCCCAGGGCCUGGGCCAGGGUGUCCUUUUCCCCAAGAGACAGUGUGGACCAGGCUGAAGGUGGUGCCCACAGGGAGAAGCAGGAUCCAGGUACCUUUUGCAUAGCGGCGCACAGGACGUCAUUGCCCUUGUGAUAGGGAACCUGCACUGAGCCCAGGAACUUCACCCGGAACUGGUCCACCCAGUCGCUGUUUUUGGCCAGGGCUGGAAAGCAAACAAGCGAGGAGUGGAGUCACUCAGCAGGAGUGGGCGUGGCAGCAGGGCACAGGAGGGAGGGGAGGCCCACGGAGUGACACCAGCAGGGGGAGCCACAAUCCCGAAAGGCCCAACUUGGCUGGGCCUCACUCUCGAUUAUGAAAUAGACCUGAAAUCACCCUGUCGUCCCUCCCCUGGCUGGCUGAGAUCUGGGGCACACAUGCACCUGGCAGAUGCCAGAGCUGGUGGCACUGGGCGGGAGAGGGAGACUACCUGCCAUGUGCUCGGGCUCCUUGGUGACCUCAAUGGCGUAGUAGGCAGGAAAGACGCCUCGGGCACCAGUGCGCAUGUUGUAGGCCUCGUACCAAUAGUCCUCAGCCUGCAGCUCCACCAGCAGAGGGUCAUCCACUUCUAGCUCAAGUUCGUCUUCAUGUCGAGGCACAAACCUGUCCCCCAAAGGCAGAGCAGCGAUUCCUCAGAGGACCUCUCCAGCCAGUGGCAUCACUAGUUCAAUAAAC